AGGCGAUGGCGGCAGCUGCGCCGGCGGCCGCGGGCGAGGAUGGCCUGCGACGGCGGCCGGGGACUGCGCUUGAUCCUCAGCCCCAGAAGGGGGCAAAGGCUGAGGCCGAGUCAGAGGAGCUCUGCCGACUUCGGGCUGAGCUGGCAGGUGCUCUGGCAGAAAUGGAGACCAUGAAGGCUGUGGCCGAGGUGAGCGAGAGCACGAAGGCGGAGGCUGUGGCUGCAGUGCAGCGGCAAUGCCAAGAGGAGGUGGCUUCCCUGCAGGCCAUCCUAAAAGACUCCAUCAGCAGCUAUGAAGCCCAGAUCACUUCUCUGAAGCAGGAACGGCAGCAGCAGCAGCAGGACUGUGAGGAGAAGGAGCGGGAGCUGGGCCGCCUGAAGCAGCUGCUCUCCCGGGCCCACCCCCUGGACUCCUUGGAGAAGCAGAUGGAAAAGGCCCAUGAGGACUCGGAGAAGCUGCGAGAGAUUGUGCUGCCCAUGGAGCAGGAGAUAGAGGAGCUGAAGGCGAAACUGCUGAGGGCGGAGGAGCUGAUUCAAGAGAUCCAGAGACGUCCCCGGCAUUCCCCUCCCCUGCAUGGCUCCACGGAGUUGCUGCCUCUGUCCCGGGACCUGUCUCCCCCGCUGGAGCCUCUCGAGGAGCUGAGCGGAGAUGGGGGUGCAGCGGCCGAGGCCUUCGCCCACAACUGUGAUGACAGCGCCUCCAUCUCCUCCUUCUCCCUUGGCGGCGGGACUGGCAGCAGCACUUCACUGCCCCGUAGCCGCCAGGGCCUGAGCCCCGAGCAGGAAGAGACAGCCUCUCUGGUGUCCACGGGCACCCUGGUCCCUGAGGGCAUCUACCUGCCCCCUCCUGGUUACCAGCUUGUUCCAGACACCCAGUGGGAGCAGCUGCAAAUGGAGGGGCGGCAGCUGCAAAAGGACCUGGAAAGCAUCAGCCGUGAGCGGGAUGAGCUGCAAGAGGGCCUGAGACGAAGCAAUGAGGACUGUGCCAAGCAGAUGCAGGUGCUCUUGGCCCAGGUCCAGAACUCAGAGCAGCUGCUGCAGACCCUGCAGGGGACUGUGAGCCAGGCCCAGGAGCGGGUUCAGCUGCAGAUGGCAGAGCUGGCCACCUCCCACAAGUGCCUGAGCCAUGAGGUAAAGCGGCUGACCGAAGAAAACCAAGGGCUCCGGGCCGAGCAGCCACCAUCUUCAUCCCCCCGGGUCCUGGAGCAGGAUGAGGGCCAGGAGGAAUCCCUGCCCAGCUCAGUCCCGGAGCUGCAGCAGUUGGUGCGCCGCGUGGGGCAGGAGGCAAGGGCCCAUCAGCAGGCCCGGGAGCAUGAGGCAGAGCGCCUUCGGAUUGAGAUUGUGACGCUGCGGGAGGCGCUGGAGGAAGAGACUGCGGCAAGGGCCAGCCUGGAGGGGCAGCUGAGGGUGCAGCGGGAGGAGACAGAGGUGUUAGAGGCCUCCCUGUGCAGCCUGAGGACAGAGAUGGAGCGAAUCCACCAGGAACAGAGCAAGGCUCAGCUCUCAGACCUCCUCUCGGAACAGAGGGCAAAGGUGCUGCGGCUGCAGGCCGAAUUGGAGACCAGUGAACAGGUGCAGAGGGAUUUUGUACGACUGUCUCAGGCCCUGCAGGUGCGCCUGGAACAGAUCCGCCAGGCAGAGAGUCUGGAGCAAGUGCGCAGCAUCAUGGACGAGGCACCCCUCAGGGACAUCAGGGACAUCAAGGACUCCUGAGAGGCCAAACCCACCCACUCCGGGGAGACUGCCUUCUCCACUGCAGAACCAUUAGGCCUAAGCUUUGGGGGGGGGUCCCAGGGUGGAGUCUUCCCCCUCUCUGAGCCUGGGGUUUCAGGGGUGGGGCCACCACUGUCCUGGCCCUCCGGGGCCUCCUCCCAGGAGUGGCUGGGUCUUCUGCUCCUGAGUGUGACUCUGGGUGAGGGUCCCAACUCCCCACUGUACCCAAAGGUGCAGGCUCAGCCCUGUGACUUUCUAGCUGCCAUGCUGCCUCCUGGGUCCCAACCCUCGUGCCCCUGUCCCCCAACCAGACUAAUAGUCCAUCCCCUGUCCCCUUCCCUAAGGCACAGCCAAGCUGUGAGUGGUGACUGGGAGCCUCUGUCCAUACAUGCGCCCUGGACAGGCAGCUGCUUUCUGGACUGCAUGACACUAAGAUGCUUGUCCCCAAGGGCCUGACCCAGGCCCCAAGAUGUGCAUGGAGGCAAGACCAGACUUUUCUGUCGU